GCAAAUCGUGGUAUUUUAGCGAAAACUUUGAUGAGAAUUGAUUGUUAGCUGCUGUUGUGUUCACCAGAGAUUAAAAUGGUUGCACCUGUAUUAUUUUCUGGCAUCUUUGGACUGCUGAUUUUGGUGACCUUUACAGGGGUGCAGUGCGGGAGCUGGCUAUCCAAACAGGAUAAUUCUGAAUAUGUAUUGGUUAUCACUUCGGAUACGAGUACAAAAAUCAAUGACCGCUUCGCGAAGUUGGGAAUGGGUGGAUACUACUUAGCUCAUGCUUACAAGUUUAAAUAUCGUCGCGAUACGGCGAUGAAGUACCACGGCAUCCUAUUCAAGUUUCCGAAGGGCGAAAUUGGCACGCUCGCAAAAGUGGUUAAGAAACCUCACGGUCAAAGUAAUUUUCAGAACCCCGGGACGCUCGAAGCCUAUUUCAUCUACAAAAACCUCUCAAGGCUCCCCAGUUAUUUUGAACCGAAUGUGCAAGAGGUAAUUGACCGAGCAAAUCAACGUUGGGAGCGAGUCAACACCUCAAACAAGCCGAAAGACAUCUCUUUUGAUCUAUUGUACUCCGAUACACCGACCGCACGUUUCCCUGGCCCGAUUGUCUUAGAUCAGUCUGGUCGGGAGUUGUUCUCGCAAUACGCCGACAAAAAGUACUCCGUUCCAAAAAUCCCCUCGUCAAAAGGGCAGAAGACGCCUCGUACUAAAUAGGCCUCAAAUGGGGCAAAUCAAUUCAGUUCCUGAAUGCAUCUGUCUACUGUCUUCCCUGCUUUCCUGUCCAUGCACCAGUAAUUCUAAAUUAUGUCCCCAG